AUUUGAUGUCGCAAUUAUAUGACUACAACUCAGCACCCUUUGAUAAUGAUGAUUCUGAAUUCUUUAAAGAUGGAUUACCUUCUCAAAAAGAAAUAGAAUCUAUGUAUAACCACAUUUUUGGCGACUUUGACGAUGAAGAUGGGCUGGACAAAGUUUUUACUAGAUUGAAUUCGUUGCGAG